AUGGCGUCGGUGGUGAUGUUCCGUUCGACCCGUUCCUGCAAGAACUAUUGGUUUCGGGGAAAUGGAAUUGGAUGUGGAGGAGGAAAUAUGGAAGUAGACGAAGUGGGCCUUGAGCAGGUACCUGAUGUUAUCCAAAACUAUCAUAUAUGUGCUGUGAAGAAUCGACGCAUAGAUUCAGAUAUCAUUGCGAAGGCAAUCCAGAUGAAGAUUAUUAUGCAGUAUGGCGUUGGGUUAGAAGGUGUUGAUGUAAAUGCUGCAACAGAACACAAAAUCAAAGUUGCAAGAAUACCUGGGAGUAUGACAGGAAAUGCAGUCUCUUGUGCAGAGAUGGCAAUCUAUCUUACCCUUGGUGUUCUGCGGAAGCAAAAGUUGAUGGAUGCUGCUGUGCAUCAGAAGGGCCUGGGAAGUCCAACAGGAAGAACAAUAUUAGGCAAAACAGUCCUUAUCCUAGGAUUUGGGGCCAUUGGUGUGGAAAUUGCCAAGAGGCUAAAACCAUUUGGUGUAAAAAUUCUUGCUACUAAAAAGAAAUUGGUCAUGAGGCUCAUUGCCAUGUGGGUUCGUGUCUGGUCAAUAUUGCUAGAGGAGGCCUUUUGGACUACAAGGCUGUGUUCAAUCACCUUGAGUCAGCCAUUUGAUCCAGAGGACCCCAUUCUGAAAUUCUCAAAUGUUAUUAUAACACCACAUGUUGCUGGAGUCACCGAAUACUCCUACCGAACUAUGGCAAAGGUUGUUGGUGAUGUCGCUCUCCAGCUUCAUUCAGGGGAAACAUUCACCGGAAUAGAAUUUGUGAAUUAG